GGCUAUGAGCCGAGCGUGUCGUCCCUGGAUUUCUAGUUUCCUCCGUUGACAGAAACACAGAGGCGCUGUAUCUAGUGUGGGGUCUCGGGCACAAGUUAUAUUAACAGAGAGCUCAAGGUGUUGCUUCAUGUAGCGGAACGACGUCGGGCUGUUUUACUCAAGGCGGGAUCUUGUUCAGAGAGAGAGAGAGAGAGAGAGGACAGGAGGAGAGAGAGAGAUUCUGCUAUGAGCUGAACGGAUUGAAAUAAUAAGUUAAUUGUGAUUUUCGGUGGAUAAACAUUUGACAUUCUGCAGCGAGCAGGGAGAAAGUAAAAAAAAAAUCACGGACGGAAAGAGGGAGCAUUGUAGACCUGGUUUCACCGCGCGGAUUGACCAGCCGUUCGGGUCGUCUGUAACGGAUUUUAUUUCACUUACACGGAUUUAUUACCGAUGACUGCAAUGUGGAGAGUACGCGUGUUGUGUUGCGCUUUAUCGGUGCUGUCCCUGUCACGUGGAGGAGAUAUCAAAGCGAAAACCUGCGCUGAUGUUAGACAAGCAUAUACCGCCAAAGGAUUCAGUCUUGUCAAUGUACCUCAUCAAGAAAUGUCAGGUGAACACCUGCGUGUGUGUCCUCAGGGCUACACCUGUUGUACGUCCGACAUGGAGGAGAAACUGGGGCAGCAGAGCAAGCUGGAGUUUGAGAACCUGGUGGAGGACACCAGUCAAACACUCAGGACCACCUUGGUGUCCAGACAUCAACAGUUUGACGAGUUCUUCCUGGAGCUCCUAGACAACAGUGAGAAAUCCCUGAGUGACAUGUUCAGGCGGACCUACGGGAAGCUCUACGUGCAGAACAGCGAACUGUUCCAGGACCUGUUCACGGAGCUGAAACGUUACUACACCGGGGGGAACGUCAACCUGGACGAGAUGCUGAACGACUUCUGGUCCCGUCUGCUAGAGAGGAUGUUUCAGCUGCUGAACUCUCAGUAUCACUUCACCGACGACUACUUGGAGUGCGUCAGUAAAUCCACGGAGAAGCUGAAGCCUUUCGGGGACGUGCCCAGGAAACUAAAAGCGCAGGUCACACGGGCCUUCAUCGCUGCAAGGACCUUCGUCCAGGGCCUCAUGGUGGGCAGGGAGGUGGCUAACAGGGUGGCUAAGGUGAAUGUGGCCCCCGCCUGCAUCAGGGCCCUGACUAAGAUGCUGUACUGUCCGUACUGCAGGGGCCUGCCUGGGCUGAAACCCUGUCACAACUACUGCCAUAAUGUGAUGAGAGGAUGUCUGGCUAACCAGGCUGACCUAGACCCUGAGUGGAACCUCUUCAUAGGUGAGAAAACACAUUAUGGGUCCUCUGUGUGUGUGUGUGUGUGUGUGUGUGUGUGUGUGUGUGUGUGUGUGUGUGUGUGUGUGUGUGUGUGUGUGUGUGUGUGUGUGUGUGUGUGUGUGUGUGAGUCUCUACACUUCCUCAUUUAG